AUGGCCAAAAUCAACAGGGUCAGAACAGGUUGUUGGACCUGCAAAGAAAGGCGGAAGAAGUGUGAUGAGACCAAACCCAUCUGUCUCAACUGUUCGAAGGGGAACCGUCAAUGCAAGGGCUACGGAGUACGAUUAUCUUUCGAUAUCGAUGAUUCUAAAUACACAGGUUUCAAAUCUAGCGUUAAUGGCUCCACAAAAUAUGGCUUCGUAGGGAGGCCAAAAACCGGUGCCAAUCGCGAAGCCCCUUCAGAUGAUCUAUCCACAACGCCCAGUACUGACCAAUCAGAACAAAGUGUAAAAGGAUUCAAAAUGGUGAACUCAUUUGUUGAUACCAUACGAACAAAAUACUCAAGGCAGGACAGAGAUGCUGAGUUGCCUGAUGAACAGAUGAAAAGUCCAAAACGAACCAUCCCUGUGGAAGAUCUGAUGUCCGAGGGCUUGCACACUUUUCUGAAAGAGAUGAAUAGUCCUAUUAGUUUUUCACCAUCUAGCUUUGGGACGGGGAUAAGAGGGUCUGGUUCUCCCUUGGACUUCAGUCGUUUGAGUCAGGAAUCACCUGGUGUGGUCCAGGUCGAAACCCCAAAGACUGAAAACGAAGAAGGUGUGUCUACCUUCAUGGAGGCUGCGAACUUGUAUCCGCAAAAUAUCCAGACUGAUCCUGCUUACCUGGAUGAAAAUCGUAUGCUGAAGCAUUUCUUCAACAAAUUGCUCCCACUUAUUGACAUGCAUCCCAACACUCCUUGGCCUGAACUGGCACUCAAGUAUUGUGACUUUGACAUUGCCAAAUCGUGUUUCCUCAGUUUAUCAUGCAUGCAUCUGGUUGCUAAUGAAAACGACCACAGAGGUAAAGCCGAACUUUUUAUGCGGAGUGUCAACCAUAUCGACAAAAUCAUGGAGUAUCUAAUAGUUUUCGUGCAAGAAAACAACCUUACAGAUGUUUUUCAUGAUGCCCAGAAAAUGGCCGAGUUGGAGCCUCAAAUCGAUAUUGAGGGAAUGGUGAAAAAGCUAAAGGAAGAAGAAGAUGAUACUGGUGGUAAUAAAAAACAGUCUAGGGUGUUUGUGGUGUUAUUACUGAUUUUCGUGCAAUUACUCUAUGGGAUUCUUGAAAACGGAAGAUCGGCCCUAUCACGUAUCUUCUUUCGGUUGUUUGCCAGCAUGACUGAGAAUCCCGAGUGCAAGGCAAUACUGAAUACAAUCGACCAAUCGCAAACUCUGAUCUGUUUAUUAUCAUGGUGGGACUCCAUUGCUGCGAUUACAUCUCCGGAUUGCCGAUUGCCGUAUUGUCAUCCGGAAUGGUACGGCAUGAAGGACGACCCCAUCUCCACCGAGAAGAUGUGUGGAUGUCCCGGAGAAUUGUUCAUAUGUCUAUCAGAAAUUUGUCACAUUCGGAACGGGGUCAGAUACAACAAGCUCACCAGGUUCGACACGUUGCGUAAGUAUGAGGAAAUUCGUUUGGCAUUGUUGCGCUACCGGGAUUACAUCACGUUUGAUCCUAAUGGACCAGACGUGGAUGAUUUUGCAGCUAAGAGCAAUGAGGAUUUCUUCCAUAUCAGAUUGUGCUGCGUUCAAUGCUGGUCUUUAGCUGCACAGAUCAAGCUGGAGUCUACGGUAAGGCCGACUGGCGAAAGUGAGAAGGUCAUUCUUCAGCUGGUGUUGGAGUUCUUAGGAGUCUACAAGCAAAUGGAUCCGAGGUCGCACCCUGUGGGUCAAAUGGUUUGGCCGCUAUUAGAGGUGGGUGCUAAUUGUACCAGAGAAUCUGAGAGAUCAGUUGUCCGAGCCGCUGUGGACAAGCUGUAUCUUCACACGCGUGCCAUGAAUAUCCUGACUAUGACUCAGAUUCUGGAGCACAUCUGGAGAGACAACAUUUCCCUAGACGAUUACUUGAAUCAGAAGGAGUGGCUGAAGGCCGGUAUUGAGCUUUUGGCCUUGUGA